AUGGCUAACACAGACAAAUGGAGCACUUUGCAAGAGUGUAUAAGUAAACUCCACGUCAACACAGAGCAUCCAGAUAAUUUUCUAAGCCUUCAAGAUGCCGUGGCAACAGACUUUAUCUCUCUUACCAAAUCCCUUUAUGACCUCCACAAAGCCCAGGAGCCAGCGCACUAUCAAGCCAGCCCGUUGGUUCAGUUAGUGGUGGAAAACUUUGACGAAGAGCAAAUCUGGCAGGAGCUGGAGCUGCAGAACUCUGGUGUACUAAAACACUUUAGGAAAUCAGUUGAUGAUGCUUUGUCCGAUGAGACGUUGGCAGUACUGCUGGAGGAAGAGGAGAUGGAUGAAGGAACCUGCGAUGAGGAAGGAGAGCUUGAUAAAAAUAUGGAGGAAGAAGCCGAAGAGAGGCCUCAGAGUAGGUUUAAGAAAAUGCCUGAGUGUGGAGCAGAAGCUGACACGGAUGAAGACUCUAAUUUAGAUUUUGACGUGGAUGCUCUGGAGAAGUGGGAGAAGCAAAAGAGGAAACCCACAGAGAAACAUUCCAAAAGGAAGGGCAUUCCCUCAGAAGUUGAUGACAAGUUCUUCAAGUUAUCUGAAAUGGAGUCAUUUCUUGAUGACAUGGACAAACAGGAAGGGAAGGAGCAGGAAGAUGAAAAUGACGUUGAUUAUUUUCAGGACAUUCCCUCUGACGAGGAUGACAAUAUUGACCUGGAGAUGUUUUUGAGAAAAAAGCCAAAGGAAAACACUGGAAAGAGCACCAGAGAUCUUAAAUACAAGGACUACUUUUAUGCUGUGGAAGGGACUGAUGCUGAUGCAGAUGAACAAUUGGAUAGUGAGGAUGAGGAAAAAGAUGGAGAGGACGAAGUAGAUGAUGAUGAUGAUUCUGGCAAGGACAUUGACAAUGAGGACACGAGCCAUAUAACCUCUCAAAAAAAGGUGACCUUUAACCUUUCUGGCGAUGAAGACAGUGAAGGGGAGGAAUUUGAGGACAUCUUUGGAGGAAAGGGCCAAAAUUCAAAUAAAUCUCAAUCCAAGUCAUCAUAUGAGAAAAAUCAAGAAAAGAUGUCACAGAAAAUUGAGGAGUUUGAGAAAGCCUCCCUUGCCGGAAAGUCAUGGCAGCUUUCUGGAGAGGUGACAGCACAGUCCCGCCCAGAAAACAGCAUGCUUGAAGAAGAUUUGGACUAUGAGCAGGCAUCUCGGAAGGCUCCUGCAAUCACAGAAGAAACCACACUACAGCUUGAAGACAUCAUUAGACAAAGAAUUAAAGACCAGGCAUUUGAUGAUGUGGUUCGCAAGGAGAAGCCCAAAGAGGAGGUGUUUGAGUACAAAAAGAGACUAACAUUAGAUCAUGAGAAGAGCAAGCAGAGUCUAGCAGAAAUUUAUGAGCAGGAAUACAUCAAGCAGACACAGCAAAAGACAGAGGAGGAAGAAAACCCAGCCCAUGUUGAAAUACAAAAACUGAUGGACGCUCUCUUCUUAAAGCUGGAUGCCCUGUCGAACUUCCAUUUUACACCUAAACCAUCUGUCCCUGAGGUGAAGGUGGUUUCAAACCUGCCGUCCAUCACAAUGGAAGAGGUAACUCCAGUCACUGCCAGUGAUGCUACUCUACUUGCUCCAGAGGAAAUUAAGGAGAAAAACAAAGCUGGUGAUAUUUUGGGGGAUUCCGAGAAGACUUCAACAGACAAAAAGCGUGAAAGACGCCUUAAGAAAAAGGUGAAACAUUUCAAAAUCAAGGAGAAGGAAAAGAAACGGAAACUCAAGGAAGCAAGUGCAGCGGGUGAAAACAAAAGGCCCUCAAAGGCUCAAGUCAAAGAAGACCUGAAGAAACUCACUAAAGGAGGCAAGGCGACUAUACUCAAGGAUGACGGAAAGGACAAAGCUCUGCGCUCUUCUCAAGCCUUCUUUUCUCAGCUGCAGGACCAAGUGAAAAGUCAGAUCAAAAGUGCAAAAAGGCAGCCUACAAAAAAGAAACACAAAGACGUUUCUGCCAGCAAACUUAAAUUAUAA